AUGGAAUCUCCUAAAAGUGAUGGAAAUUCCGUUGAGGCAUGCGCUGCUAGCUCUCCAUCCGCACAAAAAUCUCCCUUUUCCAAAUUUCUCAAUAAUCUCUCUCCGAUAAAGUCAGCCAGGGCAUCACGGUAUACACAAAGGCUUUCUGAGUCUAGUUUCCCGACAACUCCAUUAGUGUUUAGCUCACCUCAUUUAGACUUGCAUCAAGAAACCAGCUUCCUUAAAAGAGAGGAGAUAGCUGCUUCAAGUUCACAAGCUCAUGGAAAAUGUUAUUCCCCAUCAAACUCUGCGCCCAUACCUUGCAAUCAGAAGCAUCUCCAGUCUUGUAGUCCCUCUGACUUUGUUGGUGAAUGCCUAGCUGAUCCUUUGAAAGCCGACAGAGCACAAAAUGCUGAAAGAUUGGUGCAGUCAGCUACUGAUGUACCUCUACUACCAAGUUGUUUUACUGCCUCAGAGGUGACCAUUGGAAAAGUUGAUGUUACUAAUGAUGUUAUUAUAGAGGUUGGGGCACAGACAUUGCCACAUCUCGCCAAAAAACACUUGCUUUCAGGAUCAUUGUGUUUGGUUCAGGUUUCUGAUGAUCAAAGCAUAGAUGAAAGAUCUGAUAAGAUCUCGGAAUUUUCAUCUGAAAACAUCUGUGAUCAUGUUGAGUCUGAUGAUUUUCUAGAACAUAAUGAGGCAUCUCAGCACCAACGAGGUAUCCGUAGACAUCUUCAAUUUGAGGCUACAUUGGACUGCAAAUGUGAUGCUGCUUUUAACUGCCAUACUUCUUCUGGACCAGGGACUGCAGUUCCCGAAGUUGGUGAUCACGUUGUUAUUGAUCACCAGAGCAGCGAAGCUGUUGUGGUAGUCAAUGGAGGUCACCUACCCGACAAUAUCGAACUUCCAUGGGAUUCUCAGAAAGUGUCAUGUUUUGACCAGCAGACACUUUCAUGUAAUGGGAAAAUGCCUGGUCAGCAAUUUGCUGACAGGGUUGAGGAACCAUCCCAAUGCCAAGAUAGCUCAAAAGGAAAGAGGCAAAGGGAAACAUACACAGACGAGAGUGAGGGCUGUAAACUCUGCAAUUGCAAGAGGUCCAAAUGUUUGAAACUUUAUUGCGAGUGCUUUGCAGCAGGAAUUUACUGUGUAGAUUAUUGUGCAUGUGAAAACUGUUUCAACAAGCCUGAAUAUGAGGAUACUGUUCUUGAUAUUCGACAACAAAUUGAAUUGCGUAACCCUCUUGCAUUUGCUCCAGCAGUUGUCAAGCAAGCCAAUGAUUCUCCAAAUGUAGCGGACGAUGGAAACUCGAUGACCCCUUCCUCAGCCAGGCACAAAAGAGGAUGCAAAUGCAAGAGGUCAAAGUGCCUAAAAAAGUAUUGUGAGUGCUUUCGGGCUAAAGUUGGAUGCUCUGAUGGAUGCCGUUGUGAGGAUUGUGAAAAUUCUUUUGGCAAGAAGUCAGAACCAAUAUUCCAGAGAGAGAAAAAAUUGAAGAAUCUAUCUCAUGAGAAGCUGAAUACAGCAGAGAUUAUGUCCGGUAGCAUCAAGGGUGGGACAGCAAAUCAGUUCUCACCAACAUGGGAAGAACUUGUCGACAUAAGCCAUCCCACCCCAUUGUCACAUUCUCACUCAAGAGCAGUGCCUUCUUUGACAUCACCUAAUUUGGGGGACUGUCCAAAUGACUCACAGGCUCAAUCACAAAAGGGAAGUGGCUUACAGUUGUCACCUGGUUACCUUCAUUGGUGCUCUUCUGCCUUGAGUCGUACACAAGGAUGUGUGAGCAAUGUGUCGCGUGAAUUGGAUUCUACAAGUGCACUCUGUGACAUAAUGGGAGAUGGUUCGCCCGAAAUCCUCAUGGAAAAUUCGAACCCCACCAACAUAGUGAAAGCUGGCUCACCUAAUCAGAAACGUGUCUCCUCCACAGCUUCAAUCAUAUAA